AUGGUAGCCAACGUCCCUAAAGCCAAGGCAAGUGGAGGAUCAGCCCUAAAACGACUUAAAAAAUCUUUGAACGCAGCAGGCGUCAUUGGACAACAUUCAAAAGCCAGUCGAUCUAAAAAAGAUCGUAAGAAGGGCAUUCCUAAAGAAUCUGGAAUAAAGAACGAUGCCGAUAAAAAACUGGAAAAGAUUCGUGGUGAAUUCAACCCAUUUGAACAAAAACAUCAGAAAACCAAGUUUGAGAUUCUUGGUCGAAAAAUGAAAGGUACCUCUGGCAAACCUACUUUGAGUAAACAAAUCGGUGAAGAAAACCGUAAGAAAACAUUAUUGGUCGAAUUGAAGAAUAAGAAUCGACGUGGUGGUAUUAUUGAUAAACGUUUUGGUGAAAGUAAUCCUCACUUGACACCUGAAGAAAAAAUGCUGGAAAGAUUUACAAGGGAAAGACAGAAAACGUCAAAAACGUCCAUGUUCAAUUUAGACGACGAUGACGAAGAUUUCAAUUUGACCCAUUAUGGUCAAUCGUUGUCUACGAUGGAUGACUUUGAUGAUGCUGGCCUUGGGCUCAGCGAUGACGAAGAGGAUGGCAGGAAGCAAAUGGAUGCCAACAUUGUGUCACAACUCCACUUUGGUGGUUUCGAUGAUGAGCGAUCAACGGAAGAAAGCGAACGACAUAAAUCAAAGAAUGAGGUGAUGAAAGAAAUUAUCGCCAAAAGUAAGAUGCAUAAAUUGGAACGUCAGCAGGCCAAACAGGAAGACGAGGCAUUACGUGAAGAUUUGGAUGAGGAGUUGAAUGAUAUCAGAGGAUUGUUAGAGACGAAAGCGACAGCUCCUCGUAAGCCCUUGCCUUCGCAAAGUGCGCUCUUUAAGCGAGCUGAAGCUGAAGGAGAAGAAGACAAAGAGAAGAGUAAGCUUGAUCAAUCUUUGGAGGAAUAUUCUGAAUAUGAUGUUGCUUUGCGUGAACUUGCUCUUGAAAGACGUGCGUAUGCUACGGACCGCACAAAGACAGAGGAAGAAAUUGCACUCGAGGAAAAAGAAAAACUUGAAAAGGCCGAACGUGCCAGACAGCGACGUAUGGAGGGUCUUGAUUCUGAUGACGAAGAAAAUGAUAUCAGUAAGGUGGAAAGAGAAUUUGAAAUGGACCUGGAUGAAGAAGAGGAAGAAGGUGACGAAGACGAAGACGAAGAAGAAGAGGAGGAGGACGAAGAAGAGGAGGAGGAGGACGAAGACGAGUCUGACAUUGAAGAUUUAUAUGAAGAUGAGGAGAUAGAGAAAGAGAAGGUGAUGAGAGAAGCGCCGGGCGAUGCUAUGGAGGAGGAGGAGGAUGCCGACAUGAAUGAAUUUGGUGCAGAUGGUACUGUGAAGGCAAAGAAAAUUUCCAAACCAAAGUCGACGCCGUCAUCAGGAAAACAGGAAAUUCCCUACACUUUCGAAUGCCCUACGACUCAUGACGAGUUUUUGACAGUGUUGGAAGGAUUAGAAGUAAAGGACUGCAUCGUUGUCACCAAGCGUAUCCGUGUCUUAUACCAUAUCAAGCUUGCACCUGAAAACAAAGACAAAUUAUCAGCCUUUUUGGGAGUGCUCAUCGAUCAUUUGAGUUACCUUGCAUCGACAGUGUCACCUUUACCAUCAGCCGUGCUCGAUAAGCUAGCUGUUCAUAUCUUUGACAUGGCUCAACAGCUGCCGGAAGCAAGCGCUACCCUAUUUUCGGAGAAAUUAAAGAAAAUGCAAGCUGAACUAGUGAAAAGGAUGAAACAUGCAGGCUCCUGUUCUUGGCCUGAUAUUGGAGACAUAACCUUAUUACGAUGUUUAGGACAAGUUUUCUCGACCUCUGAUUUGAGUCAUCCGAUGGCUACACCAGCCAUGCUAUUUAUGUGUCAGUCGUUAUCCCAGUGUCGUCUUGAAACCAAUUUGGAUAUGGGUCGAGGUUUGUUUUUAACCUUAAUCACUUUUGAAUAUCAAUCUGUUUCCAAAAGGUUUUUGCCUGAAGCGUUAAACUUUUUGAACCGAUGCUUCAUUUUACUGUCACCCAAAGAGGUCUUUGCAGAGUCUGUUCCUGGGUAUUUCCCGAUGCCGACUAUGCCUGUAACGGAAGGAAAAAUAGAUUUUUCCAUCAAGGACACCACUGGCAAAGGUUUGGAGACGGUUCCUACCAUUCAAAUGGAAAAGCUAAGGACCGAAGCGGAUAGUUCAGAAGCCAAUUCUGAAACCAUGAGAUUAUCGUUGUUCCAAGGUACACUUCGCAUGUUUGAACGUUACCUCAAAUUAUAUGCAGCUACUCCAGCCUUUGUUGAAGUCUUUGAAGAUUCCUUGAAUAUCCUCAAAAGGUUGAAUCAAGUAACAUGGCACUCAGAUAUACAGUUAUCACAGCAAUUGGAGAAUCAAAUCAGAUUCGGUAAAGAAAAACGUACAAAGACACCUCUACGUCUUCAAAGCCAUCGACCUAUUCCUAUUGCUCAACACUUGCCCAAAUUUGAAUUGGGCUAUUCUAUGGACCGUCAUUAUGAUCCUGAUCGUGAAAGAGCUCAACUCAAGAAACUGGAAGCCCAAGUCAAGAAAGAAAAGAAGGGUGCUCUACGUGAAUUGCGUAAAGACAAUAUGUUUAUUGCUCGUGAACGUGCCAAGGAACGUAAGCAAAAGGAUGCCGAAUAUAACAAGAUGGUCAAGGGUGUCAUGUCACUACUCGAAGGCGAACAAUCGGAGAAGAACAAGUUGGAACGAGAAAAGGGCAAAAAAUAG